AUGUCGUUGGUUUCCAUGUUGAGGUUUGAGUGCAGAGCUUCUUCAAUGGCGGACGAGGAUGAUUACAGAACAUAUUUUUCACAGGAGUUAUUUGGCAGAGAAGAAAUGGUGCAUGUAGCUGGGUAUGGAGAGGACAAGCUUUCUUCCGUUCUGGUCAUUGGCUCCAUCGUUUGCAAGACUUGUUUGCAUGGUGAAGAAGAUGAUCAUCGCCUUCGUCUCUCGCCAAUUCCAGUCUUCAUUAAAAUUUUUAUUUAUUUGCUUAUGAUACUGAAAGUUCAUUGUAUAUCCAGCAAAGCCAAUAUGGGAUCUGAGAUCAUUUCAAUACUUGCAGAUGCCGUGGUGACUCUGAAAUGCAGGAUGAGAGGACAAAGCAAACCAGUUUGGGCAGAAGCAGUGACUGACAAAUAUGGAGAUUUCUCCAUUGAUCUCCCUUCACAGCUCCAUGCAACUCACAACCUGGACAAAACAUGUUUGGUGAAAGUUCUUCGGAUACCGAAUAACUCCCGGUGCCAGCCAGCUUAUGUCAAGAAGCAGAAAGGCCUAAAAUUCUUGUCAGUCGACAAUGGUGUCCGUACUUAUUCUACUGGAAGGAUCAUCUUCGAACAUUUCACCUCCAAGUCUUCACAAUGAUGCAUCGGGAUUGCCAGAGGCAGAAAACAGAUAGCAUGAAUCGGAUAGGCUUCAUGAUGACUCA